AUGAUUCAAGAAAGACUAGACUACAAGAUGCUUGAUCCAGCUGAUAUACUCCAAAGACUCAAUACUCAUGAAUUCCAACAAGAAGAAAAGAGAGAUCUAUAUGGACCAAGCUAUUCUAGACCACGUGCACUGAAGGCCAAAGCAAUUCCCUCAUCUGAAGAAGAAGACUCGGAUGGUAGCAUUGGUGAUCCUGAAGAAUUUGGACAGGAGCUUGCAAUGCUCGUGAGGAAAUUCCAGAAGUUUACACGACUUGGCCAGUUUGGUAAAUCUUCAAGAAGAGAUAUGAGGAAAUCAGAAUCUUCAUCUGAGGACUACAAGAAAAGAACCUGCCACAAAUGCAAGAAAUCAGGUCACUACAUUGCUGGUUGUCCUCAUUGGGGAAAGGAAUCAAAGAAGAAGAAAUACAAGGAUGAAAGUUCUGAUGAUUCGAAGAAAAAGAAGAAAUCUUCAAAAUCCUCAUCUUCAAAGUCCUCAUCGCACAAGAAGACUAGUUUGAGAAAGGCUCGGGCACUUAUUAGCAAGGAAAUGGAUUCCGAGGUAGAAUCCGAGGAAUGUGAUAAAGAGGAGGGUUCUGAAGAAGACUCGGAAUCUGGACAGGCUAGCCUUGCACUUGCAACCACAUUCGUGAGCAAGUCAAUCUUCAACCUUGAAGAAAAUGAUAACACCAUCCACACUGAUGACUUUGCUGAUGACUUUGCACCAACCUAUUGCUUCAUGGCAAAAGGUUCA